ACCGAAAUUUCCCAAUCCCUUACGGACGCUAAGUUAGUUCUUAACAAUCUGUGGAGAAUUUUUGUCUCUGCUUGGAUUCACCAGUAGUUUGCUCUAACGAUCUAAAAUUUAGUAAAUACAUUAAAAUGAGUCGUCCUCAGGAGCCACAUCGCCCUUUCUUUCAUUUUGGAAAUCUUUUCCGUAACAUAUCACCCAAGGGUUCUCAGUUGUCUCCUAGACUUCUUUCUUUAUUGAACGCGUUUGAGGCCACCUUGUCAGAGAGGCUGCAAAAACUUGUGCCAAAAGACAAGGAUGACAUCCUUAGCUUGUCAUGGAUGAAACUAGCCAUGGAGUCAGUUUCUGAGAUACACUGUGACAUAAAAAACCUGAUAACCGAGCUUGAGCUCCCUGUGACAGAUUGGGAUGAGAAAUGGAUAGAUUUGUACCUAGAUAUCAGUGUGAAGUUGCUUGAUAUUAGUAUUGCUUUUACCUCUGAGCUCGCACGGCUCAGCCAAGGCCAUCUCUUGCUUCAGUGUGUCUUGCAUAAGUUGGAGUCAAACUCCCCGGACCAGUUCAUGCGAUCUUGUUCCUUGCUUGAUAGCUGGAGACAGCACAUUGGCUCAAAAAAUCCAAGAGUUGAAACUUGUCUGCCAAUCCUGGACAACCUUGUGGAAUCAUUAAACUUGCCUAAGGUUAAGAACUCUGCUAAAGGAAAGGUGUUGAUGCGUGCAAUGCUUGGAGCUAAGGUGGCCACUGCAUAUAUCUGUAGCGUCUUUGCUGCAGCAUUCUCUGGUUCUGGCAAGAAUUUGUUAGAUUUAACUGUUCCUGAUACGCUACCAUGGGCACAAGUUUUUUCUCAUGUGCAAACUACUGUUAAUGCAGAAAUUAGAAAUAUAUUUUCCUGCGGAAAAUAUACAGUUCUAAGAGAACUAGAUUCCGUUGAUGGAAGUGUCAAGAAAUUGUAUCCUUUGCUCCAAGAUGGGUUGGGUCCUAUUGAAGGGGAAUCAUUCAAGAAUUCUGUUUCAGAUUCUGUAGAACCACUGUAAGA